CUAAAAUAAUAAUAAUUUAGUUAUUUAUUUUCUUCCUUUGUGUUUCAGGAUCACUGCAAAAUCCUCUUAAUUCCCUCUCUUUGCUUCCAUACCUUCCUUACCUUUUGUCACUGAAUUUUUGCAGGCCCCCUCCUCCCACCCCAUCCCUGUUCUUUAACUAAUAGGGUUUUUUCUUUAUAAACAUCCACAUUCCACUCUCAUACAUAUAUUAAUAAUAUAACCCUAAGUGAAUUUUUCAUCUUUCUGUUGCUGCAUAGUCUUCCUCAUUGGGACAAAAUAAACCAUUUAUCAAAGGGUUUACAGGAACCUACUCAAGGGGAAUAAAGUUUAAGCUGAAAUUAUCUGACAGUCCUCUUUAAAUUCAAAGAAAGCUGUUUGGCUGGCAGUGCAGAUCAAAGAAAAUGGCAUCUUCAAGCUAUUCAAACCCACCAUGUGCAGCCUGCAAAUGUUUGAGAAGGAAAUGCAUGCCAGAUUGUAUAUUUGCACCCUAUUUCCCACCAGAAGAGCCUCAAAAAUUCAUCAACGUUCACAAGAUAUUCGGUGCAAGCAAUGUUAGCAAAUUGCUAAAUGAUGUGCCGCCCCAUCAAAGGGAAGAUGCAGUCAACUCCCUCGCCUAUGAAGCUGAGGCAAGGAUGAAAGAUCCUGUUUAUGGCUGCGUUGGAGCCAUUUCAGUCCUUCAAAGACAAGUUAUGAGACUCCAAAAGGAAUUGGAUGCAACAAAUGCUGAUAUAAUCCGCUAUGCCUACAACGAAAUGCCACAGCCGCCGCAGCCACCAGCAGCAUCCCAGUAUGGAGGAAGGAGAACAGCCGCCGGGCAUGGCAGCUCUGGGGGUGGUUCUUUCGAUCAAAAUUCUGGGUUUUAUUAUCCUUCACAGUGGAAUAACAAUGACCCUAGCGGAGACAAUGAGAGUGGAAGCAUGUGAGAGUUUGUUAAUUGAUUAUUAGUAUAUCAUGUCAUUAAUUAAUAAGCACAUCAAGAUUUGAUAUAUGUAAUAUAUAUAUAUAUAUAUAGGUUGGGAUUGGAAGAGCUCCUAUUUGGCUGGCUCUAGGGUUUUCUCUAGUUAUGGAACUUGACAAAGGGACCAUACAUGGAUAUUUUUAUGAUAUGCAAAUUACCCUCUCAUGGAAUGUAAUUGUUAGUGUCCUGUGAAAAGUAAUUUCGAUAUUUGAUAUGUGGCUA